AUGGAGACCCUUGGCCAACUGGAGAAGGAUCGGAAAGCGUUCGACUUCAAGGUCAACGCAGAGCAGGACAUUUACCUUUUGGAUGUCUUUAGACGUCUCGCAGAAUCGCGCGGCCAAGCCAUCAAUAAAGCCUUAUUAGCGCACCCGAGGACCACGCGCGAAGGAUUGCUAGGCGCGCAACUUCUGGAUGGCGACUUCGGCAUACCGCCCCUGCCUCCGCUUCCCUCACCAUGCCAGGAGAAGUCGUUGCACAUCUCGUUUGAAUAUGGUGGUGCCUUCAAUGCGAACAAUCGACUCGACUUCCUCGAACUCACGCGACUAAAGCGAUGA